UCAUAUCUGCUGUCAUGAUGAAGGUGCGUAUAUCAAUCGACGGUAACGCACAAAGUGACAGUAGCAUCAUGAUAUGCAUCGUACAGCCAGACAACGUAAUAUUGCCAACCAUUUUCAGGGUAUCUCCGAUGGUCUGGUCGGCUGGUAGCGCCACCGUAGAUGUGACGAUAUCCGCAUUCAUGGUCUAUUUGUUACAUCGCAUGAGAAAUGAAUGGGCAAAAACCGAUCUGUUGGUCAAUCGCAUUAUAAGAAUGGUGAUUGAGACGGGAUGCGUUACAGUCAUAAAUGCAAUCGCGAUUGUGUGUUUUUUGUGGUAUAUACCAGCUGUGGCGUCUUGUUUCUUGUUGACUCUGCCGAAAUUGUAUGCCAAUAGCCUGUUGGUCUCACUGAACAACAGAGUCCUGUUACGUAGAGAGGCCUCCGAAGUCGACCUAGGAUUUCGUCUAACUCUCUCGGUUCCGAAAUGACAUCAAGGCAUGCUCUGUCGCAUGAGCGACAUUGCGCUUCUGCGGACGAGG